AUGAACAACACCUACAUCUCGCCCCCUGCUACGGCACCCCCUUCUCCCGAACUAUGCAAUAGCAAGGCCCACGACAUCUCGGCUGAUACCGCCAUUCGGGACACCUUCGACUUUGUCUCGUCGAAGCCUGUCGUUGAGGCCAUCGGCGACCAUGCCCCGAUCUACGCGGGUUCCGUCGGCCAGCAGCUCCAGGAGAGCCUUGCCCAGAUUGACAUUGACGGAUGUGCGGCCGACGGUGAAAAUGCAUUUUUCGUCGCAGACCUCUCUGAGGUCUACCGCCAGCACCUUCGAUGGAUGAGGGAGCUUCCGCGCGUCGUGCCUUUUUACGCUGUGAAAUGCAACCCCGACCCCUACGUCCUGCGUCUGCUGGCUGCUCUCGGAUGCGGCUUCGACUGCGCCUCCAACGGCGAAAUUAACUCUGUCCUCGACCUCGGCAUUUCACCCUCGCGCAUCAUUUACGCCAACCCUUGCAAGGCUGCUUCCUUUGUGCGCAAUGCUGCCGCGCGCAACGUCGGCCUGACCACCUUUGACAAUGCCGACGAGCUGUACAAGAUGAAGCGCUUCCACCCAAAGUGCAAGCUCGUCGUCCGCAUCCUCACCGACGACAGCAAGAGUGUCUGCCAGCUCGGCCUCAAAUUUGGCGCCCCGCUCGACAAUGUGCCUCGCCUGCUGGCGAAGGCAAAGGAGCUGGACCUUGACGUCGUUGGCGUCAGUUUCCACGUUGGCAGCGGCUGCUACGAUCCCGACAGCUUCCGAGACGCCGUUGGCCGGGCACGAAAGGCGUUCGACAUGGGCCGAGAGCACGGCUACACGUUCGACUUUCUUGAUGUUGGCGGCGGCUACGCCCACGACAACUUCGAGCCCAUCGCCAGUGUCUUGCGCCGGGCCAUAGACGACUACUUCCCCGACCAGGACUUCGCGCCCGGCGGAAAGCUCGUCGAAGGCAAGCAGAACGGCUUGCGCAUCAUUGGCGAGCCCGGACGCUAUUAUGUCCAGCGCGCCUUUGCACUGGCGGCCAACAUCAUCGCUCGCCGUGACGGCAAGAGCGACGAAGCAGGCGAAGAGCCGGUCAAGAAGACCUCGGCUGGAGAAGCAGAAGAAAAGCCCGAGGUUAUGUAUUAUCAAAACGAUGGCGUGUACGGCGCCUUCAACUGCAUCCUCUUCGACCACCAGGAGGUGCACCCCAAGGUACUCACCCUGGACCGCAAGUACGUCUACCGGCCCGAAGUUGACGCGCCUGGCUGUGAGGAUGUCAGCGACUUGCAAGCGUGCAGCGUCUGGGGUCCCACGUGCGACUCGAUCGACUGCGUGCGACCCAUGGUGCAUCUUCCCAGCGGCCUCAAAGUGUCCGACUGGCUGGUCUACGAGAACAUGGGCGCCUACACCAUUUGCGCAGCGUCGGGCUUCAACGGUCUUCGGCGUAGCGAGGUGCGCUACACCGUUGGUGAAGGCCACGAGGCCGACAUGGUUCAGAGCUUGCUGUCUGCGGGCGCUCUCUGA